AUGGGGGAGACUAGGAGGCAUUCUGUAGAUGUUCCUAUUACAAGAACGCUUGUGGCUCUUAGAAGGGUUCGGUCACUUAGAGAUCCUUGUACCAAUUCAAUGAGCAAGUUUGCUUCUUUGCUAGAGAACGUCAAAUGGGAAACUGGUUCCGAAAAUGGCAUCUCACUUCAGUUUGUCAACGAUGAUGCUUGUAAAGCUGAUAACGAUGUUCCUGUGAGUUUGAUUCCUUUUGAAUCAUGUUCCAUAAUGGAGGAGCUAGAGAAAGGCUGUGAUCUUCACAAGUCAAGCAACAGGGUGGUCACUGCUGAAAGUAAAAGAUCUUGUAGAGAUUUGGCUUGUAUUGUUCCUUCAGUUAGUCAUUCUAAGGAUGCAGCUUCGGGAGAAUAUGGUAGCCAUGUAAGUAGUCCAAUGACCUCAACUAAUCAUAGUUAUAGUUAUGAAGAAGAUGUUGAUUAUGCGAAUGAAUGUAACCGUGGUUGUGGAAUAGCCUCUUGCUGGUCAAGAACUCCAAGGUACAGAGGAUCAAACCAGUCCUCAGACGUAGAAGAGUAUCCUCUACUAUCUAGUAAUAAUGAGAGCAAUGCUGUGACACCAAUUCACGAAUCUGUGUCAAGAAGUCUAAGUCAGAAAUUUAGACCAAAGUCUUUCGAUGAGUUAGUUGGACAAGAAGUGGUAGUGAAAUGUCUCUUGAGCACCAUUUUGAGAGGAAGGAUCACUACUCUUUACCUUUUCCACGGUCCUCGUGGGACAGGUAAAACAUCAACAUCUAAGAUAUUUGCUGCUGCUUUAAACUGUCUUUCACAUUCAGCACAUAGUAGACCAUGUGGCUUGUGCAGUGAAUGCACUUCAUCGAGAAGAAGCAAGGAGAUAGACUCAGCUAAACUAAACCGGCCUAGCUACCUUAGAUCUCUCAUCAAAAGCGCAUCUCUUCCUCCAGUUUCAUCUAGGUUCAAGGUUUUCAUCAUUGAUGAGUGUCAGUUACUAUGUCAAGAGACUUGGGGUACUCUCUUGAAUAGUUUGGAGAAUGUCUCUCAGCGUUCUGUUUUUAUUCUGGUCACAUCAGAGUUAGAGAAGCUGCCAGGUAACGUGCUGUCACGGUCUCAGAAGUAUCAUUUCUCUAAAGUAUGCGAUGUGGAGAUAUCGAAUAAGCUAGCAAAGAUUUGUAUGGAAGAAGGUAUUGGUUUUGAUCAGGGUGCAGUUGAUUUCAUUGCUUCUAAAUCUGAUGGUUCGCUUAGAGAUGCUGAGAUAAUGCUUGAUCAGUUAAGUUUGCUUGGUAAAAGGAUAACCACAUCAUUGGCCUAUAAGCUUAUUGGGGUUGUUUCUGAUGAUGAAUUGCUUGAUCUUCUUGAUCUUGCACUGUCUUCUGAUACUUCAAACACGGUUAUAAGGGCGAGAGAGCUUAUGAGAUCCAAAAUAGAUCCAAUGCAGCUUAUUUCACAGCUAGCUAAUGUCAUUAUGGACAUUAUUGCUGGAAAAUGUCAAGAAAGUAGUUCAGCAACCAGACUUCGGUUUCUUACAAGGCAUAGCUCUGAAGAGGAAAUGCAGAAACUGAGUAAUGGGUUAAAGAUACUGUCUGAUGCUGAGAAACACUUGAGAGCAUCUAAAAACCAGACAACUUGGCUUACUGUGGCACUUCUGCAACUUAGCAACACUGAUUCGUCUUCUUUCUCAACUAAUGAAAGUGAAUUGUGUUUAAAAAGCCAAGGAAGCAAAGAUGCAGACCUCUCCAGCACAUCAUCCGAUUGUCUUGUUGAUGUCGUUAAAUUAGAAACCGAAGAGUGUCAAGAUAAAAACUGUAAAGAAACAGUUGAAACUCUGUGGAAAAAAGUCAUAGAGAUGUGUUGUUCGGAUUCACUAAAGAGGUUUUUGUUGAAACGAGGGAGGUUAACUUCUCUUAUCAUUGACAAAGGUGUGGCAAUAGCUGAAUUGGAGUUCUACACACCUAAACAUGUAACAAGAGCCGAGAAAUCAUGGAAAAUGAUUGCAGACUCGUUUCAAUCCGUGUUAGGAUGCAACGUUGAGAUUCGAAUGAAUCUUGUUAUCUCUACAUGUUCACCACCAAAGAGUGCUAAAGCAGCAGUAAGUCUGUUCUUUGGACUCUUUAGGAGUUGUUCUCGUAGAAUGCUACACAAGUCCUAUCUAACUACUAGAACCGAGUAUGAUUACGCAACUGAGAAGCCUGUAAUUACAAAUACUCUGAGAAGUAGCCAGGGAAAUCUCUUGAGGGCUCGAAGUGUACGUUCUUCAGCUAAUGCAUCGUCACGAAUGACUUUGUUCAGGCCAGAAGAUGACGCUGAUGUGUUGUGUUGGAGGAGGACACCUCCAGGCAAGGGAGAGACACAGAACAACAAGAACUCACGGCUUAUUGGCCGUGUUCUUCCCUGCACUGCAGCUGGUUAAGUGAGCUUGAUGACAUUCCCAUUUUGUGGAACUUUUAGCUCAUCAACUGAGACCUGGUUUGGGAUAAGUUGACGCAAAUGUACAGUUGCAUAAUGUGUUUCAAGACCAUAUAUUAUAGAUUAGCAUAUAUACUAUUGAUGUAACGUAACUUUUAAUGUAAGGGAGAAUAAACAGUACUAUAGCGCUUUCCUUAUGGCAGCAAGUGGUAGAACCUUUUUUGAUCAUCUUCCUCCUCCACCGCAUGCAACUCUUUUUGCUAAUCAUCCUUGUG